CAAUUUUGCCUCAUCGAUGAUGAUAUUCUUGUCAGCAAAAAAACCAAGAUUUUUACUAAAUGGCAGAUUCAUUUUUUGGAUUUAAUACCACAUUGCCGAUGGAUGACGAUGGCGGCGGAGAGCUAGAACCACCCGAGGAAGAUUAUGACGCUCUUAAUGACGAAACUUUCGGGGAUGCCCGGGAAGGCGAUUGGGAGGAUUUGCACGAAAAUCUCGUGCGGAUGAGCAGCAAAGAGUUUCCCUCGUCCUCGAAUUCGAAGAAAAACACGCAAAACGGGUCAAUUCGGUCCGAAGAUGACGACGACUUGGAUUUCAGUCGUUUUAAUUUCGACGAUUUGGAUAUCGGCACCGAAGACAAUGACAUCAAAGUGCAAUUGGAUCCGAGUGUUUGGGCGGCGCCGUCGUUGUUGCAUCAGCAAAAGGCGAAUUUGGCAGGAAAUUUCGCCAAUUUCGACCCGAAUACCUUUUUGCGGCAACAUUUUUCGCAACCGCAAACGCUUUUGCAGCAACAACAGCUGAACGAACAGCAACAAAUGAUCGCGCAGCACAAUAGACUCAUGCAAGUGCAACAACAGAGACAACAACAACAAGAAGGCACGAUCGACAUUUUGGCAACUUUGAUGAAACAAGCCCCGAAACCGCAGGCUCCGCUGAAAAUUGUCUCGGUCGACGAGUUGGAACGGAAUAUUUUGAUGCAACAACAGCAAAAUAAGCAAGUUUCGGCUCCAAAAAUGCCAUCGGCGCCGCAAAAAGUACCCGGAUCUCCGUCAAAAAUGGCGGGAAUUCAACCGCCGCCCGGCAUGGGAUCGCCCCGACAACACCCGAUGUACAGUCAAGUCGUUCAGCAGCAACAACAGAAGCAAAUGAUGUCUCAGGGAGGCAAUAAUAACACUCGGGGAAACAAUUUUCCGCAAAUGCCACCCAUGAUGGGAUCUCCAAGACCGCCAAAUAUGCCCCCAAAUAUGCAACGACCCCCUAAUAUGCCGAUGAACAUGCCGCCGCCGCAUCCCAUGAACAAUUUCGGACCUCCUCCCUUCGGGCAAAUGCGUGGAUUUCCUCCCGGCGGAAUGCCUCCGGGCAUGCGAGGACCUGUUCCGCCCCCAGGACACCCCUUAUCCCAAUUUUACAAUCAAAAUCCGCAAAAUAUGCAAAAUUCGGUGAAACAAUUCAACAUGAAACUCAUGGAAGAGAUCCAACAAAAUCACCCGAUGCUGCAGCAAUUGAAUCGGAUGCAUGGCGGACAUCAUCACAACAACAUGCCAGCCGGAAAUCAGCAAAACGGACAUCCGCAUCAUCAUCAGAACACGCAAAACAGGCAAAUGAUGCAUCAUUCGCAGCAUCCGAACGGAAAUAAUGGCAACAAUAAGCAACAUCACGGCAUGAAUGGCAAUUUUCGGCAAGAACCGCAGGAUCCGUAUGCGAAUUUGAUGAGUAAUCGCGACAAGCAGUGGCUAAUUUCGAUCCAGCUGAUGCAACUGAACACCGAGACGCCGUAUUUUGAUGACUUUUAUUUCACGGUUUACAAGGAGAAGAAGGCGAAGGGCGAGAAUCGGGCUUAUAAUAAUAAUCAGUUGAAUCAUCCGUUUAAUCAGGGGCCUAAGGGACAUGCUCAUAAUAUGUUGAUGCAAGCGGUAGCGAAUAAAAAUGGCAUGAAUAACAAUAAUAGGAAUGGAAUGCAUAAUCGGGAGCGGAAGAAUUCGGAGUCGCAAAAGAGUGAGGGGAACAAGGAGCAAGGCGGAAGGAAUUAUACACCGCUGCAAUUUGAAAACUCGUUGGGCAAAUUGCAGGUAGGAUGUGGAUCUGUCACAGCGCCCCGAAAAAUCAUCGAUAUGGAAGUUGUGUCGGCUGAACCAAUCAACACUGCCGCAAUUAUCGAGUUAAAUACACAAAGAAAGUCCUCGCGAACUCUCUUGCUGCACAUUGAAACGCUCUACAAAGUCCUUCUUUUGCUCGAAGAUCUAGAAAAUCCCGUUGCGAUCGCGGCGGCGCAAAUUCUGAAGCAAAAACGCGAAAAAGAACAUCAACAAGCACUCGAACAAGCGGCAAUUGCACGAGCGAUCGCCAUCGCAAACGGCGAAGAUGUACCCGAGUUGAGCGAAAAUCCAACGUUCGCACUGCCGAGUGAUAAAUAUCCGCAGCCACAAACACACGAUGAGCUAAUUCCGAAAUUACUUGCUGGAUUGACGCCCGAAAAGGUUACUGCGAUGAUGACAGUUCGUAAAGGAAAAGCCUUACUUCGUCGUUCAAUGCCGUUGAUCAAAAAUCAACCGCAUCGUUGGACUGUUUGGUGCGCAAUUUUUGCAUCUUUGAACAUUAUUCUGAAGAAGGAGAAGGAAGUUGAUCCAAAUGUCAUUUUGUUGCACGAAGAGUUCCAAAGACAUUUGCAAUUCGCCAAACUAGAAAAUGUCGUUCAAGUUUCACGAUCUUUCAUAACGCAAGAUAAAAAGAUGAAUUUCCUCUUUAACAACAAGAGCAUCGGUCUUUCCACAAUUGUAAGUCUCAUUCUACACGCCGAGACACUUUACUCCAACACGGACUACAGUCGAUCCGAGUCUGACGAAAAGCAAUGGGAGCAAUUUUUGUCAAUUCUCACGCAGCAUGCCGCCGACCUCAAAUCCGCAAAUGACGCUGCAGCCCAAAAAGCGGGACAACAAACGAUGGACAGUCAAGUCCUCAAAAAUAUCAUUCAACAUUUGACGCGAUUCGCGACGCUACAAACGAAGCCCCUUCUUAACAUCUUGACGCAAGUGGAUUCAAAAUAAAAAAAAAAUAAAAAAAAAUCGCUAUCGAUAAAACAAAAAAAAAUAAUUCAAAAAACGAUAGAAUAGGCUUUGUAACUCAAAGAUUAUUAAUUAAUUAAUUAUGUACGCGCGCCUCCGUAGAAUUAUUCAAAUUUUUUCCACAUUUUUUUUUUAAUUUUCCGUUUCAAUGUUUGAAAAUUUAUACAAAAUAUUUUUAGUUUGACAAUUCACUCAUGUGCUAGGUAAUAUUUGUUUAACAAUAGUGUGAGUGAAUUUUUCUCAUGUUUAAAUUUAUUUUUUUUUUUAAUUUAUAACUCAACAAGGGCAAGUUUAAGGAAACAAAAAAAAAAUUU